UCUUUCUCUAUUACCAACUUUUUAUACUAAUCUUUCUUGCAAAAAUGGGCUAUGAAUACCUCCUAUUUGUACUAGCAUCUUUCUUUCUCUGUCAACUUGCUUUUUCUUCAUCCGUAACUCAUCUGUGCUCCAAAGAUGAAAGCAUUUCCCUUCUAAAAUUCAAGAAUACGCUUACUGUAUGCGAAUUUGGUACAGAAUUUCCCUUUUGUUAUUGUCAGCAAUCUUCUCCAAAAACAAGGUCUUGGAACAUGAGCAGAGAUUGCUGCUCAUGGGAUGGUGUUGUAUGCGAUGAUUUUAUUGGCCAUGUCAUUGAACUUGACCUUGGUUGCAGCCAGCUUCAAGGGAAGAUUGAUUCGAAUAGCAGCCUAUUCCAGCUCUCUCAUCUCCGAAUGCUCACCCUUUCUCUGAAUAGCUUCUCUAAUUCUCACAUCUCACCCGAAUUUGGUAAGUUUUCGAGCUUGACCCAUCUUGAUCUUUCCUGGUCAAAUUUCUCAGGUCAAAUUCCUUCUGAAUUCUCUCAUCUUUCCAAGUUGCAGUCUCUUUAUUUAGGAGGCAAUGAUAUGCUAUUUGGACCUCACAAUUUUAAAUUGCUCCUUCAAAAUUUGACUCAGUUAAGAGAGCUUGAUCUUACUAAUGUAAACAUCUCUUCCACCAUUCCUCCAAAUUUUUCUUCCCAUUUAACAACUCUGUGGCUGGGAAGUACGGGAUUGUAUGGGAUAAUACCUGAGAGUAUUUUUCAUCUGCCCAACCUGGAAACACUUGCCUUAUGGGGCAAUCAUCAGCUCAGUGGUGAUUUUCCAAAGACCAAAUGGAACAGCAGUGCAUCUCUCAAGGUUUUAGAUCUCAACCGAGUUAAUUUUUCUGGUAAUUUCCUGCCUGAAUCUCUUGGCUAUUUAACUGUAUUGCGGUACUUGAUACUUGAUUCUUGCAAUUUGUCGGGGCCGAUUCCGAGAUCUCUUUGGAAUCUCACGCGUCUAGAGUAUAUGUCCCUUGGAGAUAACCAACUUGAGGGACCAAUUCCUCUGUUUACAACUGGGCUGCGUAAUCUAAAGUCACUUUCGCUAUUAUCUAACUCCCUAAAUGGAGCAAUACCAUCCUGGGUAUUCUCCCUCCCAUCACUUACUGAAUUAAGCUUGAGGAAUAACCACUUUUCUAGUCAGCUUGAGGAUUUCAACUCCAAUACAUUAGAAUCGAUUUCCUUAGAGGACAACCAGUUGCAAGGUCCUCUUCCCAGGUCACUUCAGAACCUUGUGAAUCUAACAACACUUGGUCUUUCAUAUAACAAUUUUAGUGGCAAUGUAGAUGUUAGCUUCUUUUCAAACCUCAAACAACUUAGAAAGCUGGAUCUUUCAUAUAAUAGUAUUUCUCUGACCAAUGAGAAUAAAGUCAAGUCUACCUUACCCAAAUAUCUUGAGUCCUUAUUUUUGUCCGCUUGUGAAGUAAAAGAACUGGAUUUUUUGAGAUCAACAGAGGAGCUUUCUAACUUGGAUCUUUCAAAUAAUAAAAUUAAAGGAAGGAUUCCUGAUUGGGCAUGGUCUAAUUGGAUGCAUAUGGAAUAUCUUAAUCUAUCCCACAACAUGUUGACAAGUAUUGACCAUAUUUCAUCACUUUCUAAACUACAUACUAUUGAUUUAGGGUCCAAUUCUAUUGAAGGGUCGCUACCUAUUCUGUCGCCCUCCGUAAACUUAUUCUUCAUAUCAAAUAAUAGUCUCAGUGGGGAGAUCCCUUCUUCUUUCUGCAAUUUGACAUCAUUAAUAGUUCUGGAUUUGGCAAGAAACAAGUUGAAGGGAACAAUUCCACGAUGUCUGGGUAACAUGAGUGACUACUUCGAGGUUUUGGAUAUGCAAUACAAUAGUCUUUCUGGGUAUCUCCGAACAACUUUUAGCUCCAGAAGUCAACUCAAAAGCUUCAACUUGCAUGGCAAUAAGAUAGAGGGAAAAAUCCCAAGAUCCUUGUCCAAUUGCAAACAGUUGGAAGUUCUUGAUUUAGGGAACAAUCACCUCAAUGAUACAUUCCCUAUGUGGUUGGGGACUCUUCCAAAGCUACAAGUUUUAAGCUUAAGAUCUAAUAAAUUGCAUGGACCCAUCAAAGCUUCGAGGAUUAAUAACUUGUUUCCUCAGCUUCGGAUGUUAGAUCUCUCUUGCAAUGCAUUUACAGCAGAGUUGCCAACAAGACUUUUUCAAAAUCUGAAAGGCAUGAGGAGAAUUGAUCAAACAGUGAACUCACCACGUGAUCAAGCAAAAACAGGUUACCAAGACUCGGUGACUGUUGUAACGAAGGGGCUGGAGCUUGAAGUUGUGAGAAUCUUAUCUUUGUACAGCACUAUGGAUCUCUCAAACAACAAAUUUGAAGGACAUAUUCCUAGUGUUCUGGGAGAACUCAUUUCGCUUCGGGUGUUGAAUCUGUCUCACAAUGGAUUGGAGGGUCAUAUCCCGCCAUCACUAGGAGAGUUAUCUGUAGUGGGAUCAUUAGCCCUUUCAUUCAACAAUAUUUCAGGAGAGAUCCCUUCUUCUGUUUGCAAUUUGAAAUCAUUAAAAGUUCUAGAUUUAGCAAGAAACAAUUUGAAGGGUACAAUUCCACAAUGUUUGGGUAACAUGAGUGACUACCUGGAGGUUUUGGAUAUGCAAUACAAUAGUCUUUCUGGGUAUCUCCGAACAGCUUUUAACUCCAGAAGUCAACUCAAAAGUUUCAACUUGCAUGGCAAUAAGGUAGAGGGAAAAAUCCCAAGAUCCUUGUCCAAUUGCAAACAGUUGGAAGUUCUUGAUUUAGGGAACAAUCACCUCAAUGAUACAUUCCCUAUGUGGUUGGGGACUCUUCCAAAGCUACAAAUUUUAAGCUUGAGAUCUAAUAAAUUGCAUGGACCCAUCAGAACUUUGAGGAUUAAUAACUUGUUUUCUCAGCUUCGGAUGUUAGAUCUCUGUUGCAAUGCAUUUACAGCAGAGUUGCCAACAAGACUUUUUCAAAAUCUGAAAGGCAUGAGGAGAAUUGAUCAAACAAUGAACUCACCACGUGAUCAAGCACAAACAGGUUACCAAGACUCGGUGACUGUUGUAACGAAGGGGCUGGAGCUUGAAGUUGUGAGAAUUUUGUCUUUGUACAGCACUAUGGAUCUCUCAAACAACAAAUUUGAAGGACAUAUUCCUAGUGUUCUGGGAGAACUCAUUUCGCUUCGGGUGUUGAAUCUGUCUCACAAUGGAUUGGAGGGUCAUAUCCCGCCAUCACUAGGAGAGUUAUCUGUAGUGGAAUCAUUAGACCUUUCAUUCAACAAGAUUUCAGGAGAGAUACCGCAACGACUAGCUUCUCUUACAUAUCUUGAGUUUUUAAAUCUGUCCAGCAAUCAUCUUGCAGGGUGCAUCCCGAAAGGACCUCAAUUUGCUACAUUUGAGAACAAUUCAUAUGAAGGUAAUGCUGGAUUACGUGGAUUCCCAGUUUCGGAAGAUUGUGGAAGUAGCUGGAUACCAGAUUCAAACAACACAACCUUUGUGCCGGAUGAAGAAAGUGAUUCGUCAUUUCUGAGUGAGCUCAGUUGGAAAGUGGUUCUUACGGGAUAUGGUUGUGGACUAUUUAUUGGGUGCAUCAUAGCAUAUUUCAUGCUUUCUUCCCAAAAUCCAAAUUGGCUUUCUGGGAUUGCUGGAGAUUUAGAAUACAGAAUCAUUACGAGAAGGCGAAAGAAGCAGCGAAGCCAAAGACACUACAGACGGAGGAAUAAUGGUUUCUAGACAAAGUUCCCAGAGGCACAAGAUGCAAUAACUUGGGAGAAGGGAAUGGACAAAGAGUUAAAAUACCGAGAAUUGGAAGACUCUGUAGUAAAACUGGAUGAAGCACAAACUUGAAAAUGUUAUGUAAAAUCUUGAAAAUGUAACUGUUACGCAUUCUUGGAAUAUAAUUUAUAAGAUCUCCUCUAAUACAUAUGUACACAACCUUGUUUGGAAGAUAUGCUAGCAAAAUAUAUUGGUAAUAGUUAGCAAACUACUACAA